UGUAUGCUGAAACUUCUCAACCAGAAGAAAGGGACUUCGCAGUGUCCUUUGUGUAAGAAUAAUAUAACCAAAAGAAGCCUACAAGAAAGUACAAGAUUUAGUAAACUUGUUGAAGAGCUGUUGAAAACCAUUCAUGCUUUUGAACUUGACACAGGAUUGCAGUUUGAAAACAGUUACAACUUUUUAAAAAAACAAAAUAACUCUCCUGAGCAUGUAAAGGAGGAAGUAUCUAUCAUCCAAAGUAUGGGCUACCGGAACCGGGCCAAAGCACUUCGACAGAACAAACCUGAAAGUCCUGCCUUGCAGGAAAACAAUCCUGACGCUCAGCCCGCCAACCCUGGAACUGUGAUGUCUUUGAGGACCAAGCAGAAGAAGAAAAAAAAGGCUGUCUACAUUGAAUUGGGAUCUGAUUCUUCUGAAGACACAGCUCAUCAAGCAAGUUAUUACAGUGUGGUAGACCCAGACUUGAUAGAAAUCACUCCUCAAGGAGCCAGACCGGAAGCCCGUUUGGAUCCUACAAAAAAGGCUGCUUGUGAGUUUUCUGAAGACUUACCAAACGUGGACUACCGCCCAUCCAGGAACAAAGACUUGAACACCCAUAAGAAGCAAGCAACUGAGAAGCAUCCAGAAAAGUGUCAGGAUAUUCCUGUUUCAAACCCACAUGUGGAGCCAUGUGGAACAAAUACGCUUGCCAACUCAUUACAGCGUGAGAACUACAGUUUAUUACUCACUAAAGACAGACUGAAUGUAGAAAAGGCUGGAUUCUGUAAUGAAAGCAAACAGCCCGGCUUAGCAAGGAGCCAACAUAACAGAUGGGCUGAAAGUAAGGAGACAUGUAAUGACAAGCCGACUCCUAGCACAGAGAAAAAGGUAGAUAAGAAUGCUGACCCCGUGCAUGGGAGAAAAGGAGUGCCUAAGCAGAAACCUCCGUGCCAUGGAAGUCCUAGAAAGAGCCACGAUGUGCCUUGGAAAACACGGAAGAGUAGCAUUUGGAAAGUCAAUGAGUGGUUUUCCAAAAGCGAUGGCCUGGGUGACUCGCAUGAUGAGCGGCCUGAAUCAGAUGCAGACGUCGCUGGGGCCUUCGAAGUUCCAGAUGAAGCACGCGAAUCUUCUAGUUCACCAGAGAAAACAGACUUGAUGGUCAGUGAUCCUCAUGUUCCUUUACUGCCUAAAAGUGAAAGAGUCCUUUCCAAACCAGUAGAAAGUAACAUCGAAGACAAAAUAUUUGGGAAAACGUAUCGGAGGAAGUCAAGUCUCCUUAACUCGAGCCAUGUAACCGAAGAGCCAAUGGUAGGAGCUGCUGCUGCUGUAGCACCUCCGAUAGCGCAAGAGCACCUUCUUACCAGUAAAUUAAAACGCAGAAGAUCAUCCAUCCUCCACCCUGAGGACUUUAUCAAGAAAGCAGAUUUGGCAGUUGUUGAAAAGAUCAACCAGGGAACUGACCAAACACGGCCGAAGGGUCAAGUGGAGCAUACUCCCGAUGGUGGUCACAGGCAUGGAACAAAAGGCGGGGAUUGUGUUCAGAAGGAGAGUGCUGACCUGGCAGAAUCAUCGGCCAAAGAAUCUGCCUUUCGAACUGUAGCUGAGCCUUUGAGCAGCAGGAAAAGCGGUAUGGAACUGGAACCGACUGUGUUCAAUGCAAAAGCACAGAAGAACAGGCUGAGGAGGAAGCCCUCUGGCAGGCACAUCCACCCCCUGGAACUAGUCAACAGACAGCCAAGCCCGACGAGGCACACAGAACUGCAAAUCAGUAGCUGGCCUAGCAGUGAAGAGCUAAAGAAAGAAGAAUCUGAGCCAAAGCCAGUCAGACGGAGCCGGAACUUACAGCUCACGAAAGACCAAGAAAUGGCCAUCGGAGCCAAGAAGAAUGACAAACCAAAUGAAGAAAGGGGCAAAAAACACGCCCCUGACACUUUCCCAGAACGAAAUUUAACAGACACAACUGACCUAAUUACUACCUGUUCGUUUUCUGGUAAUCUUCAAGCAUCUGUCUGUCCUAGCCUUCCAGGGGCAAACCUGAAAGAGAAACUGGGAACAGUGCAGGUGUCUAAUGGUACCAGAGACCCCAAAGGUGAGGUGUUGGGUAGAGCAAGGGGCCUGCAAACCGCAAGAUCUGUUGAGAGUACCAGUGUUUCACUGAUACCUGAUGCUGAUGAUGGCCCUCAGGGUACCAUCUCAAUCAUGGAAGCAGGCAACCGAGGGGAGGCACAAACAGCACCAGGUGAAUGUGCAAGGCAGUGUGCAGCAACUGAAAACCCCAACGGGAGUGUCCAGGGUCUUUCCAAAGACACUAGAAAUAACACGGAGGGCUCUGAGGAUCUCUUGACACACGACGUUAACCACCUUCAAGAGACAUGCACAGAAAUGGAAGAGAGUGAACUUGAUAUUCAGUCCUUACAGAAUACAUUCAAAGUCUCAAAGCGUCAGUCAUUUGCUCUGUCUUCAAAUCCAGAAAAGGAGUGUGCCUCGCUCGGUGCCCGCCCUCCAAACAUUGCUCUUGAGUGUGGGGACAGAGGGACUGAGGAGAACAAAGAGUCUGCAGUUCGACCUGUGCAGGCAGUUCCUGCAACUGUGGGCGGUGCUGGAGGUAGUCCAACAGAGCAACAGCCACGUGAUUAUACUAAAAGUCACCUUCAAGGAGUGUCCAGGCUUGGUCAGGCAGCUCCAUUCAGAGGCAGUGAAUCUGACCCCAGUACCUCAGUUGAACAUGGGAUUGUGCAGACCUCGGAGCGUGCCCCACCACUCGCUCCCAUCAGGUCAUCUGUUAACAGUGAAUGUAAGGAAAGACUGGAGGAUCAUGCAGAAUCACUUGAAAGAGCCUCAGAAAACGAGAGUAUCAUUCCAAGUACAGUGAGCACAAUUAGCCAAAAUACCCCGAGAGAAAAUGCUUUCAAAGGAACCAGCUCAAGCAGUCUUAAUGAAGUAGGUUCUAGCAGCGAAAACAUUCAAGCAGAGCUAGCUAGGAACAGAGAACCUAAAUUGGAUGCUGUGCUCAGGUUGGGUCUUGUGCAACCUGAAGUCUGUAAGGAAAGUCUUCCUAUGAGGAAAUGUAAGCAUUCUGAAGUAAAAAGGCAAAAAGGCAAUGGAGGACUAGUUCCAGCUGUUCAUCCAGAUUUCUCUCGCUAUCUAAUGUCACAUAACCCAGAGCAGCCUAUGGAGGACAAUGAUCCUCAGAUUUGUUCUGAGACACCUGAAGACCUGUUAGAUGACAGUGAAAUAAAUAAAAACAGCCACUUGGUUCAAAGUGACAUUAGGGAAAGAUCUGCUGUUUUUAGCAAAGAUAACCAGAGAAGAGAUUUCAGAAGGAGCCCUGGGCCUACAUCCCAUUUAGGUUUGUCUUGGGGUCACCCAAGAGGUGCUGAAGAGUUAGAGUCCUUAGAAGAAAAUGGAACCAGUGAGGAGGAAGAGCUUCCCAGCUUUCAGCACUUGCUGUUUGGGAAAGUCACCAGUGCAUCGUUUCAGUCUACCAGGCGCGGCGCUGAUGCCAUGGGUUGUCUGUCUAAGAACACCUGGGAAAGCUCUGGAUCCAUGCAGAAUAUUGUAAAGGACGACACAAACCAGCCAACAUUGGUGCAGGCUUCCCACGAACAUCACCGCGAGAAGCCCAGAUGUUCUGGUAGCUUAUUUUCCCCGUGCAGCACAUCGGCAGGCUUGACUGCGAACACAAACACCCGCGGUCUGUCCUUGUUUGGUUCUUCUUCCAAACAAGUGAGGCAUCAGUUUGAAAACCAGGAAGCUGUUCUGAGUGACGAGGAACUGGUUUCGGGUGAUGAUGAAAGGGAACGCCAUCACCAAGACGACCAGAGUGUGAAUUCAGACAUAGGUGAAGCAGCAUCUGGGUACGAGAGUGAGUCCACCCUCUCUGAAGUGGGAUCGGGACUGUCCUCGCAGAGUGACAUACUAACCACACAGCAGAGGGACGCUAUGCAAGGUGACCUGAUCAAGCUGCAGCAGGAAAUGGCGGAACUGGAGGCCGUCUUGGAGCAGCAUGGGAGCCAGCCUUCCAGCAGUUGUCCUUCCCCCGUGGACAAGGACCUGUGCCACCCGGAGGUGGAAAUUCGUGAUGCUGGCCAAGGAUCCACACUAACUUCAGAGAAAAGCAAUGAGCAUCCUGUAAGUGGGAAUACAGAAAGCCUUUCUGCUGCCAAGUUACAAGCGUCUCCGGAUAUGCUCAGGGAAAAUAGAGACCCUGGAAAGGAAAGGUCUUCUUCUAAACUCCAGGUGUUAGACAAUAGGUGGGAUGUCUACUCAAGUUGCCUUCAGAAUGGAAACUGCUUGGCCCAGGGGGAGCGCAGUGAGGUCGUGGAUGUGCAGAUGCAACAACCCGAAAAGUGUGAGGCACGUGGUUUAAUGGACCAGUCUUCUUUGCCGAAGCAAGAUCCAGAGGGAAGCCCUGGCCUGGACUCCGGAGUCAGCCUUUUCUCUGGCGCCCCUGAAGCUAGAGCUCCAGAUGCCGCUCACGGGGGCAGCAGACCACCUUCAUCAUCUGCACUGAACGUACCCCAACUUCAAGUCGCACAAUUGACCAACGGUCCAUCGGCUGCUCACACUACUACGAAGAGUGCUGCGAGGAACAACGUGCGGGAAGGAAGCGUGAGCACCGAGAAGCCAGGAACCCCAGAAGGGGCCGGCAAAAGAGUCUCCAUGGUGGCCUCGGGCCUGACUCAAAAAGAACUUAUGCUUGUACACAAGUUUGCCAGAAAAUACAACUGCACUUUAACUAAUGAAAUUACUGAAGAAACUACUCAUGUUAUAAUGAAAACAGACGCCGAGUUUGUGUGUGAACGGACACUGAAAUAUUUUCUGGGAAUUGCAGGCGGAAAAUGGGUGGUUAGCUAUCUCUGGGUGACGCAGUCCAUGAAGGGAAGAAAGAGGCUGCACGAGUCUGAUUUUGAAGUCAGAGGAGAUGUUGUUAACGGAAGAAACCACCAAGGUCCAAAGCGAGCAAGAGAAUUCCACGACAGAAAGAUCUUCGAGGGCCUAGAAGUCUGUUGUUAUGGGCCCUUUAUCAACAUGCCUACAGAUCAACUGGAGUGGAUGGUGCGGCUGUGUGGGGCCUCUGUGGUGAAGGCACUCUCAUCUUUCACCCUUGGCACGGGUACUCACCCGAUUGUGGUUGUGCAGCCAGACGCCUGGUCCGAGGACAGUGGCUUUCAGGCAAUUUGGCAGCUGUGUGAUGCAUCUGUAGUGACCCGAGAGUGGGUGUUGGACAGCAUAGCCCUCUACCAACGCCAGGAGCUGGACACCUACCUGAUCCUCCAGGUCCCCCAAGAUCACUACUGAUUCCAGGCUGCACUCUGUAUCAGGCUGUCCCCACAGGACCCCAAGACAGGACUGAAGGCGGGAAGGGCCUUCCCAGGCCCUGGGAGCUCCUCUGUCUCUUUAGUGCUACCCCAGUGGCAGUUGCUGAAUGUUGUACGUACCUCAGAGAACGUCUGAGUGUGUCAGGGUCCCUGAAAGAUUUUCUGCUUCAAGUCUCCCUUUGAAAUCUGCCUUGAGCACAACAUUGUGGUAAUGUUUCACCUGAGAAAAACCUUUAAACCCCACCAGUUGAGCAAGCCGGGAAUUCAUUAUUUAUCAGCUCUCUGCCUGCUGACUGAGGGAGGGCCUGGAGCAUCUCGCUGGUCUGCUAGCUUGUUUUCCUAAAGCCCCGCUCGGUGUUGCGGCCAGCAGUCAGAGCGCCAGCGGAAGGAAAGUCCCUGGGGACCUGUGGUGGGACUUCAGUCAGAAGAGUCCUCGCGCGCGGGACACGGGAUGCAGAGGCUGGGAGUGGUUCUCAGUGGGGAUGAUCGUACCAGGGGGUCCUGCUGGCCUCCACCCUCUCCAAAAGUCUGGCCUGUGGUUGCUGGUGUUUGAAGGAAUCCCGUAGCCAUUGUGCGCUCUGCAACAGGAGCCUCCUUUCAAGAACCUGUGUCUUCUGAUUCCCCAUUGGUGAUACAUAAACUGUUGUUACAGCUCUGAUAUACAAGCAUUCUUUUUAAAAAUAGAAGAUUUCUACGAUGAAUAUUUCAUGCCUGUGAACUGACGGAUCCCACCAGGAAACGAACUGUUGCUUUCCUUGAGGUAAUUUUCCCCCUUGACUCCCUAUUGCUGAACCACAGAGCUUCAUAAAUAAUUUUGCUGGCCGAAGGAAGAGAAAGCGUUUUUCAUAAACUCCUUAUCGGGGACUGUUUAUGGCUGCUGGGAGAAAUAGGUCUGCCCUGGCCCCGGUGUGAGGGCCGUGUUUUGUCAAUGUUCUGUUCACCUACAAAUAAACUCGGCAGCAAGCGCGGCCACGGAGCAACGCUGUGUCUGCGGCUGCCUCCUGCGGAUCUUCCGAGCCUUUGCACUGCGCUUUGGCCUCCUCAUCUGUAGAAUGGGAAUAACAGCACCGACCUCCCAGGGGUGCUGAGGCCGCCUGCCUACCUGUGCCACUAAGUUUCUAUUGUUUCCAUAAUAAAUGGUCACACAUUCA